AUUCCUAAAAACGAUGGCAAAGACGAAGCCAGAGAUUUGCUAAUCAAAAUUUUGGAUACUUUUGCCAACAAAUUUGUAACCCUGAAUUUGGUAUUUGCUGAUAUUCAGCGACAACAACGAAAAAAGAAAGCUGCUGCUAGUGACUCAAAUGGAAGAUUUCUGUUUAGAAAUCUAGUUACUGGUCUUAAACCAAUCAUUCAAUGGUUAAAAGAAUGCAAUCCACCACUUCCAAGCAAUUCCAAAGCCCCCAUUCAACAAUCUAAUUCAGUUGCUC